AUGGACAACCUGGGCCAGCCCUUCCUGGGCCUGGGCGACGGCCCGGGCUCCUCGGGCGAGGCCAGCCUGCUGUCCUCCUGGGACUGGAAAGCCGGGGCCGGGUCCCUGGAGCUGAACCAGGCCUCCCCGCCGCAGAGCCUCUCCCCCACGCCAUCGCUGGAGUCCUACUCGUCCUCUCCCUGCCCCCUCGUGCCCGGGCUGCCCUGUGGGCACGGAGGGGCCAGCAGCCGGGGCAGUGCAGGCUGCAGCGACCAUGGGGCGGCGGGCCUGGUGGAGGUGGAUUACAGCAUGCUGGCCUUCCAGCCCGCCUACCUGCAGGGCGCCGCGGGCCCCAAGGCCCAGAAGGGCAGCAAAGUCAGGAUGUCUGUGCAGCGGAGACGCAAGGCCAGCGAGAGGGAGAAGCUGCGCAUGAGGACCUUGGCGGACGCCCUGCACACCCUCCGGAAUUACCUGCCGCCCGUCUACAGCCAGAGGGGCCAGCCGCUCACCAAGAUCCAGACGCUGAAGUACACCAUCAAGUACAUCAGGGAGCUCACCGACCUGCUCAACAGCGGCCGCGAGCCGCGCGCCCAGAGCGCCUGA